AAUAUCCCGUGUAAAUAUAUCGUCGUGCGUAUUGUGAUUGUCUUGAUGAUUUAUUGUACACCAAACCCGAAUACAAAAAGCACCUUCACGUCAGGUAUAUACACGCAAUAAUAUAGACCAGACUCUCUUUGGAAGUGACACUUUGAAGUGGAGUAUGGAUGAAGAUGUGUUAAGGAAACUCUCAACCAUUAUUACUGUCUUUUUCUUCGCCUCAUCUUCUAAACUAUUUGGAACAGUUGCAGUUCUUGCUCAGGGGGAAUACGAGGGGGGCAUACGACUUGUAGACGGUACGUCAGCUUAUGAGGGGCGAAUAGAGAUCUAUCAUUCCGGAGAAUGGGGCACAAUUUGUGAUGAUUCUUGGGAUACCAACGAUGGUGAAGUGGCCUGUCGACAAUUAGGCUACUCUGGAGUCGACCAGGCAUUCCAAGGAGGUCAGUUUGGGGAAGGGUCUGGAACGAUCUGGCUGGAUGACUUGCGGUGCAGUGGUUCGGAAAAGGAACUGUCUGCUUGUUCUAGCAGUGGAUGGGGAGUUCAUAACUGCGGACAUUCGGAAGAUGCAGGACUCAGGUGCUCUUCUAUCUCCUUAGGAACCGAGCUGAGACUAGUAGGCGGUUCUUUGUCGAAUGAGGGGCGUGUUGAGAUCUACUACUCAGGAGAGUGGGGUACUAUAUGUGAUGAUUAUUGGGAUAUUAACGAUGGUGCAGUUGCCUGUCGACAAUUAGGCUAUUCUGGAGUUGACCAGGUAUACCAAGGAGGUCAGUUUGGGGAAGGGUCUGGAACUAUCUGGCUGGAUGAUUUGCAAUGCAGUGGUUCGGAAGAUGAACUGUCUGCUUGUUCUAGCAAAGGAUGGGGAGUUCAUAACUGCGGACAUUCGGAAGAUGCAGGACUCAGGUGCUCUUCUAUCUCAGGAACCGAGCUGAGACUUGUAGGCGGUUCUACGUCGAAUGAGGGGCGUGUUGAGAUCUACUACUCAGGAGAGUGGGGUACUAUAUGUGAUGAUUUAUGGGAUAUCAACGAUGGUGUAGUUGCCUGUCGACAAUUAGGCUAUUCUGGAGUCGACCAGGUAUUCCAAGGAGGUCAGUUUGGGGAAGGUUCUGGAACUAUUUGGCUGGAUGAUUUGCAAUGCUCUGGUUUGGAAGAAGAACUGUCUGCUUGUUCUAGCAAUGGAUGGGGUGUUCAUAACUGCGGACAUUCAGAAGAUGCAGGACUCAGGUGCUCUUCUAUCUCAUUAGAAACCGAGCUGAGACUUGUAGGCGGUUCUACGUCGAAUGAGGGGCGUGUUGAGAUCUACUACUCAGGAGAGUGGGGUACUAUAUGUGAUGAUUCAUGGGAUAUUAACGAUGGUGAAGUUGCCUGUCGACAAUUAGGCUAUUCUGGAGUCGACCAGGUAUUCCAAGGAGGUCAGUUUGGGGAAGGGUCUGGAACUAUCUGGCUGGAUGAUUUGCGAUGCAGUGGCUCGGAAGAUGAACUGUCUGCUUGUUCUAGCAAUGGAUGGGGAGUUCAUAACUGCGGACAUUCGGAAGAUGCAGGAGUCAGGUGCUCUUCUAAUUCAUCAGAAUCCGAGCUGAGACUAGUCAGCGGCUCUUCGUCGAAUGAGGGGCGUGUUGAGAUCUACUACUCAGGAGAGUGGGGUACUAUAUGUGAUGAUUCAUGGGAUACUUACGAUGGUGCAGUGGUCUGUCGACAGUUGGGCUAUCCUGGAGUCGAGGAAGUAUUCUCCGAAGCCUACUUUGGGGAAGGAGUUGGAAGGAUUUGGAUUGAUAACAUGGAGUGUAGUGGCAGUGAGCUGACACUCCAACAAUGCCCGAGUAACACCUGGGGGAACCACAACUGUGGCCAUUCAGAGGAUGCGGGUGUACGCUGUGCGGUAUCUGCUUCCACGGAAGGGGCAGUGCGUUUGGUGGACGGUCCGAACGACGCAGAGGGACGCUUGGAGAUCUUUCACGAUGGCCAAUGGGGUACUGUCUGUGACGACACAUGGGACUUGGAAGAGAGUCGGGUGGUCUGCCAACAACUUGGAUUCAAAGGUGAGGGGUAUUUCACCACCAGCAUUAGGGGCUACCAAGAGGCCACAGGAUCAAUCUGGUUGGACAGCGUACAGUGUAAUGGGGACGAGGGUCAGCUCAGCUAUUGCACCCAUGAUGGUUGGGGAGUACACGACUGCGGACAUUCAGAAGAUGUUGGCGUAGAGUGUCACGGCCUAUCGAGUAGUGGUCUUUCUGGUUGGGAAAUAUUUGGAAUCGUUGCUGGAUGCUUGACAGGGGUGUUCUUUUUCUACCAUUGCUGUCUUAAAAAGGGGAAGAACGAAUCAUCCCCAUCAGUACCCACCCAAAGAACAGAAAUUACACUAGAUGUUACCGGUGGAGAUAGAACUCAGGAAUCGGGCGAUUCUCCUCCAGAGGAUACCGGGGAGUUAGCUUUAACUCAUUUGGGUGAUCCAAACUCGAGCUUACCGGACGUUCCGCCACCAGCUUACGAAGACAUCGGAAAAUUUUCGACCUUGCAAAUGCCGGAUUCGGAAGCGUUGUACCCUCCGCCAUCCUCUACAGGCUCAUUUGUACCUCCUAGUCAACCUUAUAACUCAGCAUAUCCCUACCCACCGCCGCCCCCAUCCGUAUCAUACCCUCCACCACCUCCACCAGAAAUCUCAGAUGGUUCUGUUGCAUAUCUUUAUUCGCCGCAGGUUCCAUCAUCAGCAACUUCUUUACCUCCAGCUAGUUAGUCUAGGCAGUACUAAAUUCUUCUUUGAUUUCAGCCACCGCACACGUUACGACAAGUCUAUUUACGGAAGGAUCAGCGCAUUGCUAUUUUUAUAUUAACAAUAGUAUAUGUUUAUAAUAAUGAUAUGAUUUGAUGUUCAGAGUUACUAUUAGAAUACUGAUAUCAAAAUAAUUAUGAUCAAUAAGCCACUAAUUACCCCAGAGUGAUAGCCAAAUUGGAUUGAAACUGUAUACAUUUUGUAUGACUGUUAUUACUUCAUUACGACUACCAUAAAAAUUCUGUAGGCCUACAGAGUAUGUUCCAUGUUUUAAUAUUUACAUCAAACAUUAAUUUUU